UUCCUAAAAUGACAGUGACAGUUUUUUUUAUAAACAACAUCUCAACCUUGUUCCAAGUUGUCUUCAUCUAUGCCCACAGUCUAUGCCUUGUUCUAUGAUCUCAACCAUUUAUUGUUCCUUCCAUAUCUUUUAUGAACCUUUAAGUUUAAAAAUCUAUAUAGACUGGGUCUUAUUUAAUAUAUUGUGCCCUAUAUAUUGUUAGUGUACUGUAUGUGCUAGUUCUGCGUUUAGUAUAGAAUUUGCCAUUAUCAACCACUUCACAAUGGAACAAGAUCAACAUUUAGAAGACGGCGAAAUUGACGACGAUGAUGCAAUUAAUGCGUACAUUCCACUUAAACGGCCAGAAACCUAUGCCUUAGAUAUACCCCAGAAACGAUUUCCAGAAGUGCAUGCACAUUAUAGUGAUAGUGAACAAGAACUUCAAUCAUCAGAUACUGAUAGUGAUUCGGAUGGAGGCCCUCGGAGGAAAAAGAAACCAAAGAAGCUAUUGCCCAAACCUUUAAAACAAAAGUCAGACAAACUGAAGAAAUAUGAUGUUUGGAGUGCAAGAGCACAGGAAGACGUGCUGGCUGAGACGAUGAUUAGCUGCGAUGUUAGUCUUAAAGAUAGGUCGCGUGAAAGCGAAACCUAUGACUACUCAUUAGCUAGAAAGUAUUAUGAAGAGUUGGAAAAUCGACAAGGAAGCAAAAGAACUCGAGAAGACUUGAGAAAUGUAAACUUUAAGCCGCGAAAGAGGUCCACUAAUGAUGGAAAGGAGUUCAAAGGUAAACCGAGAAAAGUGCCAGAUCUGAGCAUAGAUGAGAGCAAUAGCGAAGCAGAUAUUGCCGCAGAUAUAGCCAGUAAACUCAACGAAGAAAGAGAUGAUCUGAUAAUGAAAGUUAUUAAAACGAUGGGAAAGACACGAACAAUAGAAAUAUUUAAGGAAACUCAACGCAUUGAGACCGAAGGUGGAAUGCCUAUAAUGAAUCAAACCAGGAGAAGAACUGCAGGUGGCGUAUUUCUGUAUUUAGUUCGGAAUGACUAUCACAUUACUCCGGAGCAAAGAAGUAAUAUUUUCUCAGAGGACAAGAAAUUGUUCAACAAAAUGGAAAAGGAACGCAAGAAGAAGAAGUUUCAGAAUCUUAAGACUGUUACUAAUUUGGAAAGGAAUAAAAUAUUGCCGGAGCUUUUAACAAGGGCCGAAAUUUUUUCAAAAGAAGGGUCGAUUCGGAAACUCAAAGAGACCGAUGAAGCGAAUUGUAUAAAUCCGCCACCGAGUCCAGAAACUGACCAUCACGAAAGUGGUGAUGGUAUGGAUCACAUACCAACAAUAGAAGCGCACUCACUGCCAAUUAAAUCAGAGGUAACAAGCAACAGUGUAAAUGAUAGAGGAAACACGAGAGAAGUUUUAAAAACGUACGAUGAUGAUUACCUAGAUAUUAACUACGACAACGAUAUGGAUCUAUUUUGAUUUAUUUCAAAAUAGUUAAUGUAAUAUAUUUAAUAUGUAUUAAGUUGUUUAUUACGGAAAUAGAAUGUAUUGCUUACAUUU